CGCCUAAGCUAACAGGGGAGACGAGAACUCAUCAACAGCGCGACCAAUCAAGAAGUUAGAUACCAAAUGACAGCACAACAUACGUCAUUGAGCUGUUCAUUAGCAGGUGCGCAUCAAAUCAAGGACUCAAGGCAAGGUGAGGCCUAAGACACGUAGGAAUCUUAGGAUUUUUUUUUUCGUAUGAUUGAGGUAUCUUGGCUUCUAGAUGAACAACGAAGUCUUGAGAAACUAAAUCCUAAGGCAUCAUCAUCGUCUCAUGUCUGAGUAUACUGCAUUGUUAAAUAGGUAGCCAGACAUAUAGAUGUACAUAUUUACCGAACACAUAUCUCUUCAUCCAGCGCUUUUGUAUACUCAAGAAGCAUAAACGGUAAUACCAACAAAAUGGAUCUCCUACUAUCCCUUCCGAUAGUCUCAUAUUUCGGUGGGCCGAUGCUGUCGUCGUGGUCGGGGUCGCUAAAUCUCCUAUUUUUCUAUAUGACUUGGACGACACUCGUCCUAUCUCAUUCGCCUCUGAGGAUCGAGUUGAUCGGCACCCUAGCAGUGCGAAUAGUAUUCUGGCUGGUGCCGUCGCUCUUCUUUCUGUUAUUCGACACACUGGUUCCCAGCUUGGCAGAAUCUAUUAAGUUCUAUGGUUCUACUUCUCUCCCUCGACAAAGUGCUGCCUCUUUACUUCGGCAGAUCCUGCUCGCUAUCUUCAACCUUGCGCUCAGCACCGCGGUACAAUCCGGUAUAUCCAUAGGCGCUGGAACACUAUUGCACCGUCCGCUCUUCAAGACUAGUACGGCACUGCCACUCCCCUGGCAGAUCGCGAAGCAUAUCUUAAUGUUGUAUACCGCACGCGAGUUCCUGACGUAUUACCUCCACCGAUUUGUGUUACACUCUCGAGGGAGAGUGGCAGGACUACAUAACGCAUACGCGCACUCGCGCAAGCACGGCGCUCCCUAUGCCCUGAUGCUGUAUACAGAUCAUCCGCUGCCGCUCCUUUUUAAUCGCACAUUACCGGUAUACCUGUCAGCCAUGGUCAUCCAACCGCACCUGCUCACAUACUUCUUGUUUACUAUCUUGACGACGUUAGAGGAGACGCUGUCCAUGUCUGGCUACAGCAUUGUGCCAGGUAUUAUUAUAGGCGGCAUCACACGACGCACUGCGACGCACUAUGCAAGCGGCGGGCGCGGUAACUUCGGUGCUUGGGGGCUGCUAGACUGGGCCGGCGGCACGAGCGUGGGCAAGGACGUAGUAAAGGAUAUUCAUGAUGAAGCAGAAAAGCACCAAGUUAAGGAGCGCGGCCAGGAAGCUGCAAGCGGCACAGGCAGCAUGAUACAAGACGGUAUCAAUAGCUUGAAGAGGGGUCGCAAGAGCCGGAAGAAGAGCUCGGACUAGCGAAAGUCUGGACUUUUAUUUUUGGGAAAGGGAAAGGGAAAGGUAAAGGGGGAAAGUAGAUGGACAACGAUGUUAUGGAUUACGACUUUGAGAGAGAAAAGAAUAACUACUGGGAGAUGGCUUGUUGGAGUUUAGCGUAAGAAACGACUGGGUUAGAGAUGUGUGUAUACACCUAUGAUUAUAUGAAUAUGGGAUAUGAGACGUGAUGAUAUACACAAGAUAUUUAGUGGUGAGAAAUAAAAGGUUUAACGCGAAAA